AUGAUGUAUUCGAUUUCUACAUUUCAAAGUACUGAUCUCUUAUGUCACACAAGAGGAUGCAGAAGUGAUGCUUUAUUGAGACAAUUAGAGAACUUGUAUGCACGAGAAUUGCUAGAUAGAAUUGUGAUUGAUGAAACACAUUGUGUAAGCCAAUGGGGACAUGAUUUAAGACCAUAUUACCAGAGUCUUGGUAUUUUGAAACAAAAGUUUUCGAAUAUACCCCUGUUGGUAUUAACUGAUAUUGCUAUAGCCAGUUUCAAAGAGGAUGUUGUGCAGGCUCUUGGACUUGUUGAUUGUAUUAUUUUCAGGCAAAGUUUCAACCGCCCAAAUUUAAGGUUUUCAGUUAUACCCAAAACGGAAAAAUGUAUGGAAGAUAUUGACAAGUUCAUUAAGGACAAUCAUUUUGAUGAAUGUGGAAUCAUUUAUUGUCUUUCAAGGAUGGACUCUGAGAAAGUUGCUAAAAAGUUGCAGGGAUUUUGGCACAAAGCUGCAUUUUACCAUGCUAGUAUGGAUCCAGAUGAACGUGCAUCUUUCCAAAAGAUGUGGAGUAAAGAUGAGGUUAAUAUCAUAUGUGCAACUAUGGCAUUUGGAAUAGGUAUAAAUAAAUCAGAUGUUCGGUUUUUCAUUCAACAUUCUCUUCCUAAAUCCAUUGAAGGCUACCAUCAGGAAUGUGGGCGUACAGGUAGAGAUGGGCAGCAUUCUUCUUGCAUAUUGUAUUACAGUUAUAGUAAUUAUAUUCGGGUCAAACACAUGCUUAGUCAUGGAUCCAUGGAGCAAAGCUCUUUUGCAUCUCAUGCAAGUAGUUUAAAUUCUGGAAGAGUACUGGAAACAAAUACAGAGAACCAUUUGCGCAUGGAGAUAUCUCUAUUUUUCAAAGAAGCAAUGGCUGGGAAAACACGAUUUGGGGCUGCUAGGAGAGUGACACGUGGCGAUUUUGUACUUAUUUAUUAG